CAAAACGAUCCGGAUAUUAAUAUUCAUUAAAUCCUGUUUGAGAUAAUCGUGUAAAACGAGUGCUUAAUAGCUAUUAAAAAUAAUUGUAUGUAGCAUGGUUAUUCUGUAGAAAUUCUGUUAUAACUGUUACGUAAGGCAUACAUCCCUGUCCUCCCAUUCCCCUACACAGGGAAAGCCUACUUCAUUGCACAGGCAUUGCAUCACAUGUUUAGCAGAACUGUCUGUCCUUUUCGGACAACUAUUUAAUUGUGAUUUGAAUUGAGUUUUAGUUUUAAUGUGUUUUUUCUCAUUACAUAGUAUUUCAACAUAAAGUGAUCAACAGAUGAGUGAUAAUCAAAGUAUUCAUUCUUCACAAGUGGCCGACAUUCACGACAUACCAAUGGAUGUCCUCAUUAGACCAUUUCCAUCAGAACUGGAUCACCCGAAAGUCGAUAGUCUUAUGAAUACCAUCGAAACAUCACCACAAGAAGUGCCGCCAAUCAAUGUCCUGUGGAUUGUCGGCCGAGAAGGCGGUAAUUAUUACUACUCUUUCGGCGGUUGCCAUCGAUAUGAGGCCCACAAACGUCUUCAGAGGCCAACCAUUCGCUGCAAACUUAUUAAGUCUAAUAUCAAUGACUUGAAGUGCUAUUUGGGUUCUUCCACACCGGAUCUCAAGUGAUGUCUUGGGAUCUAUUGCUGCCAUUUGUUAUCUUAAUCACUAGUAUUGUGUAUUAUUUAAAUUUUAUAUACACUUUGAUCAUAAUUUAAAACAAUUUAUAAACUAAACC